AUGUGCUCCAGCCGAAAGAUCAUCUGGAGUUUGUUGGUUCUGUCGGUGCUGGAGAUAGGGCUCGGGGUGUCCAGCAUAGUCCUGGGCGCGGUGGGCAUCAGCCGGGCGAAAGCGAAGCACAAAACCCAACAGGGUGACGCAUCUCCGGUAUGGAGCGGAGUGUGUUUUCUCAUCUGUGGAAUGUGUGGUAUGCUGUGUGCACGGAAAAGAACGGGAUUGAUUAUGAUAUUGUUUUCCUCCUGCUGUAUUUGUGGGUUAAUCAGUGGAAUCCUAAACUUCCAGUUUGUCCGUGCGCUGGUCAAGCGUUCAGAUGCCACGCGCUCUCUUCAUUUGGCCGUCAUGUCUCUUUCGUGUCUCGGUAUCAGCAGCUGCACUCUGUCCACAUGGUUGACCUGCAGGUUGGCGAGCAGCGAGCAGCAGCGCAUGUUUCUGGAGCGAGAGCAUUCACUACAUCACUCGCACGAAAUGGCAGAGAAGGAGGUUUUGGACACCAGCAAUGGCAUCUCUCAAAUCUCCUACAGUGGACGGAGCGCCUCGCCAUGACAGCUCGCCAACGGUGCCGUGCCC